CAGAGCGGGGCUGCCGCCGCGCCGGGCCGUGAACACCGCCGCCUCCUCGCCGCAGCCACCCGCCUCAGCCCCUCGCGGAGCGCCGGGCCGCUGGGACCAUGGCCCUGGAGCAGCUCUGUGCGGUCCUCAAAGUGUUGUUAAUAACAAUACUUGUAGUGGAAGGGAUUGCUGUGGCGCAAAAGACCCAAGAUGGACAAAAUAUUGGAAUCAAACACAUGCCUGCAACCCAGUGUGGCAUUUGGGUUCGGACCAGCAACGGAGGUCAUUUUGCGUCACCAAAUUAUCCUGAUUCAUAUCCACCAAACAAAGAGUGUAUUUAUAUUUUGGAAGCUGCUCCACGUCAAAGAAUAGAGUUGACCUUUGAUGAACAUUAUUAUAUAGAACCAUCAUUUGAAUGUCGGUUUGAUCACUUGGAAGUUCGAGAUGGACCAUUUGGUUUCUCUCCACUUAUAGAUCGUUAUUGUGGUGUGAAAAGCCCUCCAUUAAUUAGAUCAACAGGGAGAUUCAUGUGGAUUAAGUUUAGUUCUGAUGAAGAGCUAGAAGGACUUGGAUUUCAAGCAAAAUAUUCAUUUAUUCCAGAUCCAGACUUUACUUACCUAGGAGGUAUUUUAAAUCCCAUUCCAGAUUGCCAGUUUGAGCUCUCAGGAGCUGAUGGAAUAGUACGUUCUAGUCAGGUAGAACAAGAAGAAAAAACAAAACCUGGCCAAGCAGUUGAUUGCAUAUGGACAAUUAAAGCUACUCCAAAAGCGAAGAUUUAUUUGAGGUUCCUAGAUUAUCAAAUGGAGCACUCAAAUGAAUGCAAGAGAAACUUCGUUGCAGUCUAUGAUGGAAGCAGUUCUAUUGAAAAUCUGAAGGCCAAGUUUUGCAGCACCGUGGCCAAUGAUGUAAUGCUUAAAACAGGAGUUGGAGUAAUACGAAUGUGGGCGGAUGAAGGUAGCCGGCUUAGCAGGUUUAGAAUGCUCUUUACCUCCUUUGUGGAACCUCCCUGCACAGGUAGCACUUUCUUUUGCCAUAGCAACAUGUGCAUCAAUAAUUCUUUAGUCUGUAAUGGUGUUCAAAACUGUGCAUACCCUUGGGAUGAAAAUCAUUGUAAAGAGAAGAAAAAAGCAGGACAAUUUGAACAAAUCACUAAAACUCAUGGAACAAUUAUUGGCAUUACAUCAGGGAUUGUCUUAGUCCUUCUCAUUAUUUCUAUUUUAGUACAAGUGAAACAGCCUCGAAAAAAGGUCAUGGCUUGCAAAACUGCUUUUAAUAAAACUGGGUUCCAAGAAGUGUUUGAUCCUCCUCAUUAUGAACUGUUUUCGCUAAGGGACAAAGAGAUUUCUGCAGACCUGGCUGACUUGUCAGAAGAACUGGACAACUACCAGAAAAUGCGAUGCUCCUCCACUGCCUCCCGGUGCAUUCAUGACCAUCACUGUGGGUCGCAAGCAUCCAGCGUCAAACAAAGCAGGACCAACCUCAGCUCCAUGGAACUUCCUUUCCGAAAUGAUUUUGCACAACCACAGCCAAUGAAAACAUUUAAUAGCACCUUCAAAAAAAGUAGCUACACUUUCAAACAGGCACAUGAGUGCCCUGAACAGGCUCUAGAAGACAGAGUAAUGGAGGAGAUUCCCUGUGAAAUUUAUGUCAGGGGGCGAGAAGAUUCUGCACAAACGUCCAUAUCCAUUGAUUUUUAAUCUUCUAAAGUUGAUGCUAAUUAUUAAGUAUGUAUGUGUAUAUGCAGCCUACAGAGCACCCAUACUGUU